UGGGCACAGUGAGCACUCCUAUUCACAAUAAAUCGUCAAGUAACUUCAAAUUGAAGGGGUCCCCUUCUCCGACACUGAUGACCACAACCUCGGUUUGACGCGGCGGAGGGGGGAGCGCGCUGUAACUUUAGUCCCUUCUAAAUCUCGCGGCCGCUGCUGUCAGCUUGGCACGCGUAAAAGACGAGCCAUUCCCCCAACUAGAUGGGGUGAGGGAAGACGUGUGAAAGUGACCUGCAGUCGCACCGAAGGCCAACUCCGCUCUUUAUUGUCCUACCGGGCUACUUUGAAGGAAGACGUCUCAUCGAGAAAUCACGACUUUGGACAGAUUUCUGAUUUCGCUUGAAGGCGUCAGACUCAACUUCGCAAACGUAUCCGCACCUUGGACGCCAGUACCGGGUUUGAUUUUUGUUAUUUAUUUAUUUUUUUUCAAAUAAGUUUUUUUUUUUUUAAUCUGUCUGGAGGAUAAGAAAGCAAUGAAUAUCGACGCGCUGAAGUUUGACUCCUAGAAACUUUGGGGCCGGUCUGAGGUGCGGCUGGAGAGCAGCGAGCCGAGCGCUCUGAUGCGGUGGAGGUGUGCUCAGUCCCGCAGGCUACACGGCUGAUCGUCCCGCUGACUGCAGCCCCUCCGCUCCUUAGAACCCUUUUUUUUUUUUUUUUUUUUUAAAAACUCAGCCAUGUAUUUCAGAUGCGUCUGAUCUCCGAAGGGCCACCUCUGGCAACACUCAGCCGCACCUUUACGCACUCUCUGUGCGCUCACUGUCAGCCGGCAGUAGAUCCGCGCGAUCCCUUCCCAUCGAAUAACGGCUCUCUUUUGUUUCACGACAGUUGAAUGGAUUUUCAGGAACACUUUACUGACAGCGGGGAAGUUGAACCGUACGAUCUUGAAAUAACUGUUCGGGGCCACCUGGCUCGUAUGCGUAAAUACUCUCGACUUUGAUUCUUGUCCAAGAAAUGCGUCUGCCUGGCGAUAUUUAAACCGCCUUUUUUUCCUGAAUCUAUAUUAUUAUUAUUAUUAUUAUUAUUAUUAUUAUUAUUAUUAUUAUUAUUAUUAUUAUUAUUUGAGAUUUGUAGACGCUGGAGCAGAAGAUGAACCUGUGUAUCGUCAGUCUACUCCUCACGUUGGAUUUAGCCACCGUGGCGCUCAGUUUGUCCACAUGCAGCACGCUGGACAUGGAUCAGUUCAUGAAGAAGCGCAUAGAGGCCAUCCGAGGACAGAUCCUGAGUAAACUGAAGCUCACCAGCCCCCCGGAGGACUUCCCCGAGCCCGAGGACGUGUCCCGGGACAUUGUUGCCAUUUACAACAGCACCCGGGACCUGCUGCAGGAGAAGGCAAACGAGCGGGCGGCGACGUGCGAGCGGCAGCGGAGCGAGGAGGAGUAUUACGCCAAAGAGGUGCACAAGAUCGAUAUGCAGCCCUUCUACCCGUCAGAGAAUGUCAUCUCUCCUACACACUUCAAUCCUUACUUCAGGCGACUGACAUUUGAUGUGUCCUCUAUGGAGAAGAAUGCCUCCAACCUGGUGAAGGCCGAGCUCAGGAUCUUCCGUCUUCAAAACACCGGGGCCCGAGUAUCUGAGCAGCGCAUCGAGCUAUACCAGGUUCUAGGACACAAAGACCUGAUGUCCCCAACGCAGCGGUAUAUUGACAGCAAGGUGGUACGAACACAAACGGAGGGAGAGUGGUUGUCAUUUGAUGUGACAGAGGCAGUAAGUGAGUGGCUGAAUCACAGAGACAGAAACAGUGGAUUCAAGAUCAGCCUGCACUGCCCGUGCUGCACAUUCGUACCAUCAAAUAACUACAUUAUUCCCAACAAGAGUGAGGAGCUGGAGGCACGGUUUGCAGGUAUUGAUGACAGUUUCAUCCAUGGCGGGGACCUAAAGGUAUUCAGGAGGCGGCGGCAUAGUGCCCGAGCUCCACACCUUCUCCUCAUGCUGCUGCCCUCAUACCGGUUGGAAUCCCAGAGCCAGUCCCAGUACAAGAACCAUCGGACUAAGAGAGCCCUGGACGCUGCCUACUGUUCCAGAAACGUUCAGGACAACUGCUGUUUACGGUCACUCUACAUCGAUUUUAAGAAGGACUUGGGCUGGAGGUGGAUCCACGAGCCAAAGGGGUACGAGGCCAACUUCUGCGCAGGGGCCUGUCCAUAUCUGUGGAGCGCCGACACCCAGCAUUCCAAGGUGUUGGGCCUGUAUAACACCAUCAACCCUGAAGCAUCAGCCUCACCUUGCUGCGUCUCCCAGGACCUGGAGCCCCUCACUAUCCUUUACUACAUCGGCAAGACCCCCAAAAUAGAGCAGCUCUCUAAUAUGAAGGUCAAGUCCUGCAAGUGCAGCUAGAACCCCUUAGAAGCCAGCACAAACACUCUCUCUCUACUUCCUUCACACACACACACACACACACACACACACACACACACACACACACACACACACACACAAUGGACUUGGGCAUACAUACAGUUAAACUUCAACUGUAAUUUUUAUUACAUGCACUAUUAUAAUCACAGCAUUGUUUCCACACAGCAUCGUUAGGAGAGGUGUGGUGGACAGUACAGGUAGAAAACUAAUGCUAGUUCAAUGCGUACACAACAUACAAGACCAGUGCCGUCAUGAUACCAGAAACUUGACUUUAAUACCAGUGCUAAUAACCAGAGGUAAAGUGUUGCAUCGCAGUGUCGGUUGACACAGAAUUCACAUCAACAAUUGCAUGAUGAACACAUGAUUCCAGGUCACAGUAUGCCUCUGCGUUGUGUAAUAGUUUACUCGGCAAAGCCAGUGUCAUCACACAGCAUUUUAUACUCGUCAAACCGUUUUCUCCAAGACAAGAGCCAGUGCAGUUAAUCUGUGCUGCACAUGUCUGGGUGACAUUGUUUUUACCUGACCAAACUAACCAAACUAAAGGCGGCAAGAAGAAUUGAUCAUUGUCCUUCAGCAAGUGAAAACAAUGAAAUAGUGUUUCCACAUAUGACAUUGGCACGUUUAUAGUCGGCUAUGUGCGCCAAAUGGUUUUAAGUUCAUGAAUGUAGGAUCCAGAUCAGGAUGUGAUGAAAUGGUUGAUCAAGUGCCUCAGAUGCAGUACUGGAAAUGGCCACUGGUUACUGCUUUAAAAAAAUAUUUUACUUCAUAGUUGUUGUUUUUUUAAAUGUAGGCCUCAACUGAUAAUUCUGACAGUAUAAAUUGGAAGCAGAUUCCAUGAAAAAUGAAUAAAUGUCAAAAAUAUAUUUAAGGUCAUUCAGAAAAGGCCCUGUUUUUAUAUUUUUACAUACAAGUUAUCUGUUUUUUGUUCUUUUUUGCUUUGCUUUAUUUACUUUGUUUCUUUCAACUGCAAAGUUUAAUAUGUUCCUGCGUCACAAUUCCUUAAUAAGGAAACAUUUUAAUGGAAAAAAAAAGGUUGUUUUGGAAACAUCCCUACUUGCUUCUGUUGCCUGCCUGUUGCAUUGCACCCAUCAUGGUGACUGAGGUCAAGUUUGAUUUAAAAAAAACAAAACAAAAAAAAAAACGAAUUCAUCUUUAGCAGUGGUAUCAAAGUCAUGCCAACGUUUUGAUGAUUGUGACCCCACUGCACAGGACACACACAUACUACACAUACAUCCAAGCACACACAGUAAACACAGACAUGGCUCUCGCACAGGGAUGCCCUCUAUAGUGUUUCCAAAGCCCUGUCAACAUGUAUCACCUCACACACUUGUCACAUUGAGACACAAAAGUAAGGCAAACACUGGAAGUAUAAGUGAUAAGUGUCUAUAUGUGAAAUAAGUCCUGAAAAUAACUCAAGCCCCGCCCCUGACACCACCUCACUGCCCUCUCCCCCGCCCAACCCCUCUCCAGUAUUCACAGUCACACCACACCACAUCCUCAUUUUGUGUUUGUCUUUGUUUGGGAUCCUUUUAAUUGUCUAAAUCUUUCCAUUAUUUUGCCAUGGAAGAUGCUCAUGGUUAUGUUUUAGCACCCUCCAAAUUUCAACCUAGGUAGAAUGGUGGACAGUAUCAACCUUGCACUGAUGAUAUUUAACAUCUACUCCAUUUUAUUGCCUACAAAUCUUGUAAAUUAAGUCAUUUGAAUACUCGCCUGAAGAACAUCACAUUGGGGCAUGUAAAAGGAGAAUUCUGGUCUUAUUUUGUAAGUCUUUUAACAAAACAUUGGAAAGCAGUACAAACCUGAAAGAGCUCCUACUUUAGAAUCAGAGCCCGGCUGAUAAAUGUUCUGACUCCAUUAUUAACCACACACUCUGACUCAGCAGGACCAGCAGCGCAUGUAGCACAUCACAGCUGAGAAGAUGGCAAUACAGAUAGAGUGACAUGAUGUCUUCACUGUAAGUUGCUAACUGGUUUGUCAGUGAAACACAUGCUGAAAGUUCAUAAACAAUAGCUCCUUUUCAAUAUCAGUAAGACAGCGGUAAUCCUGUCCCUGAUAACAGUCGUGUCAGGCUUACAGGACAUCUCAGGGCUGCGAAGUUUAACCAAAAGCUACAUUUAGAGUUAUAUCAUUUAGACUAUCACUAUUAUCAUCUGGACUUAAACAUCAGUAUUAAUGUAAUGGCUGCAGCCUGCGGGAAGGCGUUGCUGGACGGUCCAGCCGCGCCUUGAAGGUCCAACGCCCACAUUCCCAUUUUAGGAUCCGUGUGCACAGAGUCCAACUUUCCUGCUGAGUUUUUUCUUCAAGCUCUCUCCUGUUUUGUCCAAGUCUCUGUGUAUCUGUUUGUGUUUCUGUCCUGUGGUCUCUGUAUGCGUAUGGAGUGUGGUAGUAGUACGGAGCUACCGAGCUCCGGGGCGCCAAGCACGGAGCAUUAGCCCCAGUUAGCACAACAAUAGAACAGCAGUCUUUUCUCGUGACGUUCUGAGCCGGGGCUGCAGCAGCGCUCCGGUCUGCUCCCCGAGCUCUGGACCACCAGAGCACUGAACACGCAUACAGAGACCGGACAAUACAGGAGAGUGCUUGGAGAACAGUCAGCGAGGAAGUUGCACUACCUGCUAAUUUAGGAAAAUGUGUGUCUGUUACUUGGUUAACGCGGUCUGUUGUACUUUACUAUGAACCACAGUAGCACAACCACAGCUUUCCCCGCAUACUGGCUUGUUGAGAUAACUCGCUUCGACUCAAAGGAGUCAUUGUAGGAAUAGUGAUGUUCACAUGAACUGAGUUCAUAGUGGAGACAGUGAGUGUAAUAAUUGCAUUCAUGUGUCCUUUAUUUCCAUAACUGUCUCAUACAGAAUCAUACAAAAUGUGGUAGUAACAUAUUGCAUCUUUUGAUAUAGCCUACAUUGGCUUUAGGUUAUGAACAAGAUUUGUAAACCAUAUUCACAGUAUAUAUAUAUAUAUAUAUAUAUAUAUAUAUAUAUAUAUAUAUAUAUAUAUAUAUAUAUAUAUAUAUAUAUUUAUUGCAGGUGUCCUAAAUGCAGCAAGUUUCGUAGAAGUCCGAAAUCCCCGCUAAAAAGAUGUUCAUACACAUAAACUUAAUUACAAUUUGAAUGUUGCCAUCAUUCAGUCUCCUCCACUGUUUCCUGUCUCAAAAACAAACUACUGUCCUGUAAAUCCCUGUAGCUCAUAGUAUCAAGCUAUGCUUGAAGCUCAUGCUUGUGAAUUCAGUCUCCAAAUCCAAUCUGGCACUCUCUCUGUUCACCAGCCUUUGUAACGUUGACUUACUCCUGCUUGGAGUGACACAUCAUAUUAAUCCAGAUAGAUAACAUGAUUCAUAUCAAAAUGAGGUGUUUGACUACUGUUUGACCUUCCGCUCCUUUUGAAAGAUGUCAGGGCAUUUUUCAGCUCACAAUAUUUUUUUAAUUGGUUGUAAGUCUGUCCUGCUAAAGUUUGUUUUCUCCUCCGAGAUGUGUUGGCAUGACCCGCCCUACUCUGCCUCUGACUGGUCGGCUCUCUUUGCCUUUUGUUGGGUUGGUUGGAUUGGUUGGAUUUGAGGACUGAUGAUUAUGAUUAGGGUUAACAUCAGGGUAAGAUAAAUACCUUAAGCAGUAAGUGUAAGUAGAUGGGAAACAAUAAAAAAUGGGCAAUUCUCACAUUGUGACAUGGGAAGAUUACCCUCCGGCUGUGUGAAGAUGCUCAACUGCAUGAGUCUUGCUGUCGUGUUGAUAGUCAAUAACAAAUCAUUGAAAAACAGUAAGUUCAUUGAAAUAACGGUUCAGAAGUGGAACAAAGCUGCAGCAUGAGUCUUACAGCCAACUUGUUAGAGAAUCAAUGGGUCAGAAGAGAACAGUGGAAAGUAACUAAGUACAUUUACUCCACCACUGUACUUUAAGCACAGUGUGCAGGUACUUCUACAUUACUUGAGUAUUUCAAUGGUAUCUUCUGCCACUUUUUCCUCCCCACUCCACUUCACAGGGAAAUAUUGUACUUUUUACUCCACUGCAUGUAUUAUUCAGCUACAUCUGCUGGUUACUUUCAGAUCUAAAUUUUGUACAUACAGUAUAUGAUAAGUUAAAGUUAACUCAGUAUACCAGCUGCCAUUGCUCUCUUAAAAAGGUGUUGGUUUCAAAACUCCCAUAUCAGUCGGGCUCUAAUAACAUGGUUCUUAAAAAUGCAACCUUGGAACAUAAAGUUGCUCAACAGUAUUCACUCUGCAUGUCUGAAUAAGGACAGUAUAUUAAAAACAUAGUGUCAUUGUUGAUUUAACAGUUCUGUUUUAAGCAGUUUUAAAUACAAUUUCUCAAAUAUUUCUCAGUCGCUCAACAGAAGGCCAGUUGUGCUCAGACAGAGUAAAACUGCUCAGACAUGUUUUUAGACUCAAUAAAGUUGUAAGGAUGGCAUUAGCAGGCAUGUGGGGGUGAUUUAAUGUAUGAAGGACUGGCCAACAUUUAUUGUUGAACUUUUUUCAGAUCAAGGUAUAGACAGCUAGUAUAGACUAGCAAGGUGACAGAAACUCUUUAUAUUAGAAUAUUAAUUAAAAUAUUGAUACAAAAACCCAGAAACAUCAUUGGAAAAAAAACUGCUUUACAGAAGCUGGAGAAACUAAGAGCUAGAACAUGCAAACUCUACACAGAAAGGCCCCAGCUGGCUAGUAGCUUCAAACCCACGAAGCAAGUAACAAGCAAUGCUGCUGUAACCAAAAGAUAACCGCGGACUAUGAGCCAAUCUAGACGUGACUGUCCCUCCUGUCCCAUUUAGCAUAACCUGGUUGUGCUUCGCAGUGAUUGAUGUUGAUGUUUCCACAGUGAUGACAUUUCAUAUGCUUAAGAAUUACAGUGAUGUCAUCUCCAGCACUCAGCACCGCUACAAAUUCAGUCCACACUAGCGCUGAGACUUUGGGUUCAGGGAAAGGAGAUGCUGUCUUUAGGAAUGUGAUGAUGGAGCAGUGUUUGGAGAAACUCUGCUGGCGAUUAGUCUGCUGAAAGUUUAUAGUAGGUAUUAAUGAACAGUAGAUAUGGCUUUCAAAAAAUGCUUGUAGAGCCAAAUGUAUCACGAAAAUAUAUCCAACCUUGAACAGAGACCUGUAGCCCAGCUGUAGUGUUAUGUAGUGUCAUCAGUGUGUAUCUUCCUGCCAUCAGAAUCUUUGAUUCUACCACAAACUUUAAAUGCUGUCUGUGAGUCAUUAUCUAUUUGUGUGUUUAUUCAAACAAAUUGCACUGAUGCCGUUUUCAUUUUACUAUUUUCAAAUUACCCGGUUUUCUUGGUUAGUCGAAGUUCCUCCCUUAUUAUAUGAAUGUUGAUGUAGGUGACCUGACCCCAGCCCCCUUCAGGUGUUUAGUGCCAGUGGACUUACUGAAAAGCAGGAACAAAUAGAGCUAGGCACCAAGUUUAUCACGAUAGAGCUGUUAUUUUUUAUGUGUAUUUUGUUGUUGUUUUGAUGAUGAUGAUGAUGAUGAUGAUGAUGAUGUUAUUGUGACCCGCUGUGCUGUAUUGUAACACAGUAUUGUUGUGGUGCUCUAGUGGUAAAUAAAUUAUUUAAGUCUC